GUGAGAGAGAGAGAGAGAGAGAGAGGGAGAGAGAGAGAAAGACAGGAUGUUUUAGGGUGUGUGUGUAUAUAUAUAUAUAUAUAUGAGUGUGUGUUUGAUUUUUUAAUAUUUUUUUUUUAAGUGGUGUAAAUGGGUAACGCGCAGAAGAAGAGCGCGGGUGCGAGUUCCGGUGUCGCGAGCCCGGCGCGCAGCAGAGCUCGCGAGGGGAAUCCCGGAAGCUCGGAGGGGAAGAAGCCGGCGCACGCGAACGGCGCUCACGCCGCGGAGGCAGAGCGGCGGGGAGACGAGGCGGAAACCGGAAACGCCGGAACGCACGCGGUGAACCUCGACGCCCCCGCCGGGGAUCUGCCCCCUGCGCUCGCGCGCCUCAAAAACGAGGGCAACAUGCUGUUUAAGAGCGGACAGUUCGGGCACGCGCUGGAGAAGUACACCCAGGCCAUAGACGGGUACACACAGUCAGGUAUUGACAGUCCUGAGGAUCUGUGUAUUUUGUACUCCAACAGAGCUGCUUGCUAUCUGAAAGAUGGGAACUGUACAGACUGCAUUCAGGACUGCACCAGUGCGCUGGAGCUCCGCCCCUUUUCCCUGAAGCCCCUCCUCCGCAGGGCGAUGGCCUACGAGUCUCUGGAGCGCUACAGGAAGGCGUAUGUGGAUUACAAAACUGUCCUGCAGAUCGACUCCAGCGUACAGGCGGCUCAAGACAGCGUACACAGGAUCACAAAGCAGCUGAUGGAGCAGGAUGGUCCUGACUGGAGAGAGAAGCUUCCCGAGAUUCCUAACGUUCCCAUUUCAGCACAGCAGCACCGGAGGGAAGAACCGAGCGAUGAGGUUCUCCAGGCACGAGCAGCCAGAGCCGAACAGGAGAAGGCUAGAAAAGCCGAGGCGCGUUUCACUCUGCUGAAGCAGGAAGGUAACGAUCUGGUGAAGAGAGGCGAGUUUGAGAGGGCGAUGGAGAAAUACAGCGAGUGUAUCGCUCUCAAACCCGCCGAGUGCUCCAUCUACACCAACAGAGCGCUGUGUUUCCUGAAGCUGGACCGUUUCGCCGAGGCGAGGCAGGACUGUGACUCUGCGCUACAGAUGGAGCCGGACAAUAAGAAAGCGUUUUACAGACGAGCGCUCGCUCACAAAGGCCUGAAGGACUUCCUGUCGUCCAGCUCUGACCUGCAGGAGGUUCUGCGUUUGGACCCGAAUGUCCGUGAGGCUGAACAGGAGCUACAGGAGGUCACGGUUCUGCUGAGGGAGAGUCUGCUGGAGUCAAACACUCAGGGCUGAUGAUUUACACGCUGACGAUAAACGAUGAGAAAAUCAGAACAGCUGCACUCGUCUUCCAGCAGAACGACAACGAGCUUCAGCCGAGAGACAGAAACACACACACACGCACACACACACACACACACACACACACACACACACACACACACGAGGAUGCUCUUCUGCAUGUUCCUCCUUCAUUCAGGAAGGAGAUGAAGAUGAAGAUGAAUGAUUAGCCGUGAUGCGGGAGCUGAUCGGCGCUCAGCGUGGCCAUGUGCCGAUAUUCAAACCCCAAACUGUCUCUCAGCACGACGCUUCAAAAACCUCUUUAUCAUCAUCAUAAAAUUCACAUUAAGCUCUUCCUUUUAUUAAAUACAACCCUGCUCUGAAUCUAUAAAUAAAUUAAGACAUAAAGAACUCCAAUUCAAAUUAAAGAGAAAUGUAAUGUUUAAUGUUUUAUUUAACCUUUAUUUGGUUAAUGUAUAAAUAAAAUUAUUUAAAAUGUAAGAAAGCCUAAAGAAGGUGGAUGUUUUUAUUUUUUGUUCAUUUAAAAAAAAAAAAAACACAACACUGACGAUGUGAACAAAUGAAAUACAAUAAAUAAAAAUAUAAAUAUAAAAUUAAAACAAAAAGGUCUAAAAUGAGAACAUCACAUAAAUAAUUGUUCAGGUUGUUAUUGUAUUUAA